GAGAGAGAGAGAGAAAAUUCCUCCGCGUUGUACAGGUUAUUAAUAUUUGGUGCUGAAACUUGAAUUGAGCGGAAGAAAUCAAAACAUCUACUUUCGCUGUGGCGUUUUUGUUUUCUUCUCAAGAGUUGGACGACACAUUAUUGAACAAGAGUUUCUCAAGCGACUGACAUAUUAUCCAGAGAAGCAGGCGAUUUAUAUCUGUAUUCUGCAGGAAAACAAUGGCUUUUAUGUUCAAACACAUGAUAGGAGGGCAGCUGAAGGAUCUUACCGGGGGUCUUGGAGAAGAAAAAGUAGAAGAAGGAGAAAAGUCAGAAGCUGCAGCGAAGGGAAUGACACAUGAAGAGUUCGAGCAGUAUCAACAACAGUUGGCGGAGGAAAAGAUGGAGCGGGAUGCCAGCUUUGCCCAAAAGAAGGCUGAAAGAGCCACAGUCAGGAGCCACUUCAGGGACAAAUAUCGGCUUCCAAAAAGUGAACUGGACGAAACGCAAAUUCAGGCUGCGGCAGAUGACGUGGAGUUGCCCACAGAGCUGGCCAAGAUGAUCGCCGAAGACAACCAGGAGGAGGAGCACAAGCAGUCCGUCCUGGGUCAGCUGACCAACAUUCAGAACGUAGAUAUUGAUCAGCUAAAAGAAAAGGCCCAGUCCACCAUCGAAGACCUUAAACAGUCUGCUGAAAAGUGUGAGGUCAUGUAAUACACAAGCACUGCAGAGCUGGACUGCUGAUUGGGGAUCAGAUGUUUCCUGAAAUGUAAUAUAGGGAAUAAAUCUGAUCCAUAAACAGCUUACUUAUAAUGAGAUCAAUCUCUGAUUCAUAAAAGACAAGCUCCUACCCAAAGCCAAGCAAUCAUAUACAAAUUUGUGUGUUUGUUGAUAUCGCAAAUUAUGUUUGCUACACUGUAUACAUGUUACGCUUUAUCAUAAUUGUGGCUAAAGGCAAUAAUUAUCAGUUAAUAACUUUCUACUUGUUGUUCUUCAGUGUUUAAAAUGUUAAAAUGUCAACAUCCAAAUU